UCCGCCCAUUAGGCCGGUUGGCAACGGGGUAGACAACAGUAUUCGGGUCCUUCUCAAACCUCUGCUCUUGGUUCCCGAGCUUCAGCCUCAGGAUCGGUAACGUGCACCCCGCGUUCCAUCUGCCUUCUGAGACUUUGCCCUUCUUCAGGGAGAGCACUCAGGAGAUCAGGAGAAUGGCCACGGGGCUCCUGAAAGCCAAAAAAGAGGCGUUCGUGGCGUUCGGGGAUGUGGCUGUGGACUUCACCCAGGAGGAAUGGAGGUUGUUGACCCCUGCUCAGAGGACCUUGCACAGGGAGGUGAUGCUGGAGACUUAUAACCACUUGGUCUCACUAGAAAUUCCAUUUUCCAAACCAAAACUCAUUUCUCAGCUGGAGCGAGGGGAAGAGCCCUGGAUAGAGGAGAGACAACGUCCGCUGGUUCUCCGUCCAGCAUCUGGGCCCACUCAGCAACAGUUUCUAUUGGCUGCAAUUUUUUCCCUAGCAGGAUCAAAGCUAGAAAUUCAACCUUGUCCCUCCUGUCCUCUGGCAUUCUCUAGUCAGCAAGCCCUCAGCCAACAUGUGUGGCUCAGUCAUCUCCCUCAGUUUUUCUCAAGUUUAUGUGCAGGAAAUCAUCUCCAUUCAGGGAAACAAUAUUCAGAAGAUCAGAAACAGCAGCAGGAGCAACUCUUUGAUCAAACCUGCUCAAGAAACAAAGCAGAAAUUCAAGAGAGAGAAGAAGAUUCCAAGCUUUUGUUUGGGAGAGUAAGUAAAAGCAGCACUUCAAAGGCAUUGUCCAGAACCCUGGAAGAACAGCCAGUAAGGCCCAAGGAAGACAACACAGUGGUGGACAUAGGGCCCAGCCCUUCCCAGAGGACAAACCUUGAGGAAACAGACAAAAUAUUACAUGGUUUAGAAGUCUCAGGAUUUGGAGCAAUCAAAUAUGGAGAGUUUGGGCUAGGCUUUAUCAAGGAGUCAAACCAGCUCAGCCUCCAGAAGACACACACAGGGGAGACCCCUUACAUGUACACUGAGUGGGGACAAAGCUUUAGCAGUAUGUCAGUCCUCAUCAAAAACCAGAGGACACACUCUGGGGAAAAGCCUUAUGUGUGCAGGGAAUGUGGACGAGGCUUUACCUGGAAGUCAAACCUCAUCACACACCAGAGGACACACUCAGGGGAGAAACCGUAUGUGUGCAAGGAGUGUGGACGAGGCUUUACUUGGAAAUCAAACCUCUUCACACAUCAGAGGACACACUCAGGGGUCAAGCCUUAUGUGUGCAAGGAAUGUGGGCAGAGCUUUAGCCUGAAGUCAAACCUCAUCACACACCAGAGGGCACACUCUGGGGAGAAGCCUUACAUUUGCAAGGAAUGUGGACAUGGCUUUCGCCAGCAUUCACACCUCAUCAGACAUAAGAGGACACAUUCAGGAGAGAAGCCUUAUGUUUGCAAGGAGUGUGAGCAAGGCUUUAGCCAGAAGUCACACCUCAUUAGACACUUAAGGACACACACAGGAGAGAAACCUUAUGUGUGCACAGAAUGUGGGCGUCACUUUAGCUGGAAAUCAAACCUCAAGAUACACCAGAGGACGCACUCAGGGGUUAAACCUUAUGUGUGCCUGGAAUGUGGGCAGUGCUUUAGCCUGAAGUCAAACCUCAACAAACACCAGAGGUCACACACAGGGGAGAAGCCAUUUGUAUGCAGGGAGUGUGGGAGAGCCUUUACCCGGAAAUCAACCCUCAUCACACACCAGAGGACACACUCAGGGGAGAAGCCAUUUGUAUGCACAGAGUGUGGGCGAGGCUUUAAUGAUAAGUCAACCCUCAUCUCACACCAGAGGACACAUUCAGGGGAAAAGCCUUUCAUAUGCAGGGAGUGUGGUAGAAAGUUUAGCCAGAAGCCAAACCUGUUUAGGCACAAGAGGGCACACUCAGGGAUUAUACCCUUUGUGUGCAGGGAGUGUGGACAAGGCUUUUGUGAUAAGUUAACUCUCAUUACACACCAGAGGGCACACUCGGGGGGGAAGCCUCAUGUAUGCAGGGAGUGUGGGCAAGGCUUUAGCCGGCAGUCACAUCUUAUUAGACAUCAGAGGAUCCAUUCAGGAGAGAAGCCUUAUAUUUGUAGGAAGUGUGGGCGAGGCUUUAGUCGGAAAUCAAACCUCAUCAGACAUCAGAGGACACACUCAGGAUAGAAACCUUGUGUGGACAAGUAGUGAAACCUUUAGCCAAUAGUCACACUGCAUGAGACACCAGAAGUCCCACCCAGGGCUGUAGCUUUAGUAAUAAGUCAGCCAUUGCCAGACACUAAAGUAGAGACAUCUUAUGUGUGAUGGGGGUGUUCACGAGACUAAUGGUAAGGGUCAGCAUCUCCAAUCCACCUGAAGGAGAAUUGCUGGCCCAUUUUCAGGGGCUCUGGCUUUCCCUAGUGGGGAUGGUAGGUUGUGGAAGGUCUCUCAGGUAACUUGAUGGAGAGAAUACUUAUUAAGUAGGUUGAAAUUAGAGAAUUGAUACUAUUCCAAUAUCAUUUCCCAAGUAUACUUGAACACUCCUUCCACAGUAACCUGGAUGUUACAAAAACAGCAAUUCUAGAAUCCAUCUCUUGAUGUCUGUCUUACCUUCUGAGAACAAGAGACAGAAACCAUGGCUGAUUUAAUCUUGGUUCCACAGAGCAUGACCCAGCAGAGUCAGCUUCAGGGAGAGUUUGGAAAAUGGUCAACUCAUGGGGACAGAGAUAGUGCUUGGGUAGAAGGUUUUAUUAUACAAAAGGCUGACAGGUAAGAAAGAUUGUAGGCAUCCUAGCUUUAAGUUUGAGAAGAGGUGUCCAUUUUUGGAAAUAUCGUAUCUUUGCUUGCUUCCUGGGGCUGUCUCUGGUUUUCAGGUUGAAUCCAUACUGAAAAUGUUUUUAUUGACUAGUGUUUUUAGACUAGAAAUGUACUAUGUAGUGUUAUGAAGAAAGUAUGUACACAUAUACAGAAAUACAAAAUAAAAUUACUUUCUAUUCUUCUUUGAGUUACCAUACAGCAUCCCAUUAGUAAUUAUUUGGUUUAAAUUUUUCCAAACAUUGUAAAAUAUACUACUUUUUUGGUUGAGAAUACUCUUUGAAAAUGGCAGUGUCCCACAAAUUCAUUUAGAGUCGUGUCCCAAGGCCCAGUUUCUUUUCAUGAAACUUGACUAAAUGACUGUGAAUUUUAUCUGGAAAAUAAGUUUUCUAAGAACAGGCAGGAAAAUAUAGAAAUUGUAUAAUAACUUCUCUUUUUAUCUCUGUACAGGUAUUUAGAAUAGAUUUGAAAACAUAAAAGAACAAAGUAUAUGAGUAUUUAGAAAGUGGUGAUGUAGGAUUUAAAGUACAAUACUCAGUGGUUGGGUCAUUGGCUUUCAGUUUAGGGAAAAAAUAAACAUAGGUCCCAAAGUCUCGAUAUCCAAAGGAGUUUGAGUUAGAGAAUCACUAUCUCAAAUAACAUGAGGUGUAAGAGUCAUAAUUUUUGUUCAAAAUCUAAGUUUGAGUGGAGUGAGCAGAACCUGGUGAAAAAUUAUGAAAUACUAUCUUAAAUGGAGCAGCUGGCAUGGCCUGCCCUUCUUAGCCCUCCCCAUGGUAAAUCCUGGCCUCAUGCUCUUACAUUUUCUCAACAGAAAAAUACCUUUUGAGUUUUAAUCUCUUUAAGUCUUAGAACUUAAUUACUCUUUUCCAUAAAAUCAUGUCACAAAAAUAAAGAUUCCAAAAUUAAACAUGUACCUUUCACCAGUUUUUUAGCUUUCAGAAGGAAUAUUUCAGUUUUCAGUGUAAUUGCUUCAUAAAAAAUAAAAGAUUUUGCCUUAAAUUGUUUAAAACUCUCAACAGGAAAAAAUAGAGCACUGCUGGUAUAUGAAGAUUUAAAUAGAUUCAAAGGGAUACAAACUCUGGGAAACAUUUCUAUGGAGCAGCAACCAAACAGAAAGAUCUGGAAAUGUUCUGAGAAAUAGGUAGAAGUCCCAUCCUUUCACCCUGCCCAAGCCCACCUCUACUGAUUCUUAAACCCACAUCAGGCCUUCUGCUUAGAACCUCUCAGAAGAGACAGAAUUAGGACAGGUAACCUGAGUUGUCUGCCUGGGCCUAGCAUUAAAAUCUGUGUGCAAAUUUGGAAACUGAUUAGGAGGCAAACACCACGUGGUAUUCAGAUAUGUGAAUCCUCUCAGUCUUGGAGGUUUUUUUUUGUUUUGUCUUUCAAUCUGUGUCUGGACUAUCCAUGCAGUAGUGCCCCAUAUUUCAUAACCCGAGGUGACAGUUGUAGAUGUUUAAAACAGACAGAAAAUGUGCCCCAGAGCAACCACUGCCCAUCCUACCAAUCCUAUGGUAAGUAGUAGCCUAUACUGCAGAAAAUUUUGAAGAAAAGAUGAUGAACAGUAUGAAACAAUGAAUAUUGCUUCAAAUCCGUUAAGCCUGUUAUGGUCACCAUUGAAAUGUUCCAUUUUAAAAGGGGUAGCAGUAAAUUUUAAUGUAAUUGUUUCAUUUAAUUCUAAUUCUAAUUUAUUAUUAUGGAUCAGUGGUUCCCUAAGUAUGGUCAGAGGAUGUUUGGGGGCCCUUUCAAGUGACCUGCAUGGUCAAAACAAAUUUCAUUAUAACACUAAGACAUUACUUGCUCUUUUCUGUUGUGCUGAAAUUUGCAUUGAUGGUGCAAAAACAAUUGUGGAUAAAACUGCUGGGCUUCUAGCAUGAAUCAAGGCAGUGUCACCAAACUGUACUACUAGUAUUAUUGUAUUUUUUACCACCCCCUACUGUGGUAAAAAAAAAAUGCAAGUUCCACUUAAGAAAGUUCUUCAUAAAAAAGUAAAAAUUAAUUUUGUUAAAUCUUGACCUUUGGGUACAACAUUUUAAAAUUAUACUGUUAAUUUUGAGAUAACUGUAGAUUCACACACAGUUGCAGGAAAUUAUAUAGGGAGAGCCCAUGUACUCUUUACUCACUUUACUCCAAUGGUAAUGUCUUACAAAAUGAUACUAUAAUAUCACAACCACGAUACUAAAAUUGAUAUGUACACAUCUUUUAAAAACUUUACGUGAUGAAAAGAGAAAUACACAUAAAGUCCUUCAUGCUGAGGUAUGAAGUUGUUUCAAGGAAGUGCACUUCAAUGAUUGAUUUGUGAGCUGAACCAGCUACCUUUUUAUGGACACCAAUUUUAUUUGAAAGAUUAGCUGACAAAUUUUGAGUAAGGUGACUCAGACUUGGAUAUUUGGUAGACAUUUGUAAAAAAAUGAAAUGAUUUUUUAAAACAGUAAAGAAAACUGACAGUAAUUUUGUUAAUUUGACUUUCAAGCAAAAAAUUAGAAUAUUGAAAAACAAGUUAUCUGCCACCAUGAACUUGACAGUUUCCCAAUACUUAACUCCUUUGUGAUGAGAUUGGGGAUGAUUUUAAUGAAUGUGAUUUUAUAAUACCAUAUAAUGAAAUAUGUUGAUGGAAGAUCUGCCUAAUUCAUUGAACCAGUAUUUUCCAAACAAUUAGCACAUAAUGCUGCAAAAUCAUCUGUGGGUAUAUUAAAGUAUAAGACAGACAAAUGGAUUUCAAGAGAUAAAAGCCAGAUUCCACAUCAUAAGUAACCUUUAAGAAAUUACCACUUGUUGAUUUUUGGUGUAGUGUCAAAGGAUAAUGUUGAUAAUUACCUGAAAAGGCUAUUAAAACACUCCUCCAUUGUCUAACUCUAUAUCUAUGUCAGGCCAGAUUUUAUUUAUGUCAACAGGUUAAGUGCAGGAGCACAUAUAAAAUACCAGCUAUAUUCUAUUAAACUGGACAUUAAAGAGAUUUGCAAAAAUAUAAAACAAUGCCACUCUUCUCACUUUUUUUUUUUUUAUGGUGGAAUAUAUUCACACCCAAGUGAAAGUGAAACACUUUACUUUUCCCCUUUAUGUGUGUUGUUUCUAGAUGUUUAUAGUCUGUAACCCACACAGAAAAUACUACACACACACACACAUCAGAAAAAAAGUUGCAUGUUAUAAUACCUAACAUACUAUUAACAUCUAUGCUUUAUAUAGUUUAAACUAGGCAUAGAAGAAACAAAUGCAAAGAAAAUACUUAACACCUACUGACAGAUAUAAACCUACAAUCUGAGGUAUGCUGCUCUAUGUAGACAGAACACAAACUUGGGGCAUAUUCACUUCUAGAACUAAAUGAUAUAAUUAAUCUCCUUCAUGCUUUUGGCUAUGUCUCUUUCUGACUAUACUUGGCAAUUUUUUUUUCUAUUUUUUAAAUCAAAGAAGCAGCUUUAUGCUUUUAAUCAUUUCUUCAGUGUGUCUUUUUUAUUUUAUAUUUUGUUAAUUUCUGUUACUAUUUACUAAUCUCAAGCUAAUUUCUUUUUAUUGUAUUGAUUUUUCAAGCUUAUUUAAUCAUAAUUUGGUUUAUUUAUCUUCCUUUUUACUGUUCUGAAAGUCAAUUCAUUUCUAAGUGGCAUAUAAUUUUCAUUUUUAUUUUCUCUUUUAGACAAGAAUUACUGUUUUAAAGAGUGCUUACAAAUGGCUAGAUGGACAUAUUCAUUUUUACAA